CCCGUCUGCACGCCCUGCCAGGCACGCGCGCGCCUCGCCUCGCCUUCCCUUCUGGCUCCAAGUCCCGAUGGAGCUGAACAAAGCUUGGCAAAGAACCCGAACAUAGCUAUGUUCAUUUUCUGAAGACAGUUCCUGCUUUCUGUACCGAUGCAUCCAGAAAUGAAACUGCAGAAAUAUAUCUCAUGAAGCAAAAAAGAAACUAAUACAUAUUGCUCAUGAAUCAGAAAAGAAACCAGAGAUGCAUUGCUCAUGAAAGGGCAAACCACUAUAACACUCAUCAAGAUGUUAUUCCAGUGGAGUGUGUCUUUAACACUUGGGCUUUUAGUACACAUGGGAUUACGGGUACAUUUUGGGAGACCAGAGGAGUGCAUUGCAUCUCAGGGAUACAUGAAUUCUAGUGGCACUGGCAGUUGUCUGCCAAAUGGAUCAAUGGUGACUCUGUUCUGCUGGCCAAACAGCGAUGCUUUCACUAGGCGCUUCCAGAAGAUCUCCAUUCUGCAAAACCUAAAUGAAGUAAACAGCAGUGGUGGUCCUUGGGUCAGCACCCCUGUUUUCCUGGACAGAUUUGGAAUGCAGGAAUUUAGAUGCCACUAUUCAUUGCAGCUCGUAUGUGGAAUCAGAAUUACUGUUGGACUUCCUCCAGACCAGCCAAAAAAUAUUCUCUGCCAUCAGUAUGGAAAGAACGGAUCUGCCACUUGUUCUUGGGAUAAAGGACGUCAUACUUAUUGUGUUACUACGUACACAGUAAAGCUAAGCAAUGGAACAUUUGUGAAAGAGAUUCAUUCUGAAGACAAUGAAGUGGAUCUCAGAGUAAGCGUGGACUUCAAAUCUACUUACGCAGUGGUGGUUACUGCCACAAACCUACUGGGGAAUGUGUCUUCUCAGCCAAUUCAGUUAGACAUAGUGCAGCCUUAUUCUCCAGUAAACCUCUCAGCCAAAUUUGAUGGCUCUGAUGGGACAAAGUGCACCAUUCUGUGGCAAGAUCAAGAAGACACACAGCAUUUUAGAUUAAGAUACCAGCCCAUUCACAGUACUUCCUGGACCAUGCUUGAAAACAUACAAACAAGAAGAUAUGAACUACAUGGCUUAAAGCCAGACACUGAAUACAUAUUCCAGGUUUCUAAUCGUUUCCUGCCCAACAAAGGCUUAUGGAGUGACUGGAGUGCUCCAUUUCAAACGGAAGCAGUACCAUUUGAGCCCAGUGAUGUCUGGUAUUUAAAGAAGGAUGUGUCUCCCCAAAUGCAGAACAUAACUCUCUUCUGGAAGGCAAGUGAUGCAUCAGAAAGAAGAAGCCAUCAUUACAGAAUAACAUUUCAAACCCUCGGCCAGAAGCCUCACAGAACAGCAAAGACAAGUCCCACAAUGCAUACAGUUUUCUCAAAAAUUGUGCCUAAGGCAGACUAUAACAUAACAGUUUGCUCCUACAACUCGCGGGGAAUAUCUCCACCUGUCCACAUCACAACUAAACUAGGAAUUACAGACUUGCCAACACCUAGACACCGCUCGGCUGCAUCCAAGGAGAAUGAGAGCAUCGUUGUGACAUGGGAAGCCCCAUUUGCUCCUUCGCCUUUGAUCAAUGGAUAUGUAGUUCAGUGGACAGAAUUUCGUCAGGACAAACCCUUGAAAAGCACCCCAAACUGGCUAAAAGUACCUGCAUCCAACUUUACAGUCAAAAUAGAGAACCUAAAGCCUAAUGUGUGCUAUCAGAUCAGUGUGUUUGCACUCUAUGAGAGCCAAGCAGGAAAAGCAGCUUCCACUACAGAGAAUGUGUCAGCAAAAGCCCCAUUAAGAGGACUUCACAUUAAUGCAACUGAAGAUGAAGACGGAAGAAUUUUGGUCUUUUGGGAGGAACUUCCAUUCCAUCAAUGGAUGGGCUGCAUCGUUAACUACAGGAUAUAUGUGCAGAAACAACCCUUCAACUACACCUCUAAGAUCUAUGAUAUCUCUCAAUCCACCCUGCAGCCAUUUCUGAUAAGCAACGUGCAAGCCGGUGCCGUGUAUGCCGUAUGGAUGACAGCUUCCACUGAAUCUGGAGAGAGCCCUAAAGGGAAUGAAGAAAUCAUUUACAUAAAAAAUUCAAAUGCGCAAAAAGAUGUACCUGAGUGGGUUCCUGUUCUAGCGCUCUGCCUGGUCGGUCUUUCUGCCUGCACCUGCUGUGUGCCACCUGCUAGACAAAAGCUUUUCUCGUGCCUUUCUAUUUUGCUCGCCGAAUGUAAUGGUAAAGCUGUUCCAGAUCCAGCAAACUCCUCUUGCAUUAAAGAAUUCACAUCCAUGCAGGAUGAAUCAAGCUUAUAUUUCAAACAGUUCCAGAAGAAUCCAAGUAGCUUUGAAGAACCUGAAGCUUUACCAGUAGAGGAAAUCUUCAUGAAAAGGCAAUGCCCACCUCUUCAGGAUGGAUCCCACUUCAAAAACAGUGAGAAGGGAGAAAGCCAAAAAUGUCAGAUGCCAGUCAGUUUGGAAGAAGAGGAUCCCACUGUAAUAAACGUGAACUACGCUCCUUUGAUCCUUGAUACACCAAGCAUCACCAACAAGCAUUCGCUGCUACCUUUGUAUAGAAAAGUUGCACCUAAAGAACCAAAUGAAGGCCCGAUAUUUUCUGACUAUCUCAGCAAUCCAGUUGAGGAUACAACGGUAGACUACUUGCCAACUGUUACAGCCAAUGAUACGAACAAUGAUGAGGACAGCUUUGACUCUGAACUCAAUUCAUUUUCUGUUUUCCCGAGAACGUUUCUAUCCCAGACAUUUUCACUUGGAGGAAAGCUUACUCUAGAUGCUAUAAGAAUUGACUGUAAUUCUUACACAGACUAAGGUUGCAAUCUUAUUCCAAUUGAUCUGGAAGUAAGCUGUUUCACUCUAUGGGACUUACCUCAAAGUAGGUGUCUAGAAUUAUGAUGUUAGCUAGGGAUACGCAACUUUUCUGAUUCCCGAGGGCCAUAUGGUAAUGCCAGGUCAGCCAAGGAUAUCAGUCCAAGGCAUGGGAAGAUGUAAGCCUCCAUUCUCUUUCCCAUGAGAUUAGACUGUUGGAAGGGCAGGGGUAAAGCCUUUCCAACCCAUCUUAAAAGAGACAAAGGGAAACCCAAAGCUUGUUGCAUCCAGCUGUUCUUAAGAAUAUAGUAACACAUCUAAGGUAUUCUAGCUCUGACCAUUAACACUUAAAUAGGCAAUGUUCGUAAUUGCCUCCUAACUACCUUUAGUAUUUUAAAACUGCUAUAAUAUACAGUAGAGUCUUGCUUAUCCAACAUAAACAGGCCGGCAGAAAGUUGGACAAGCAGAAAUGUUGGAUAAUAAGGAGGAAUUAAGGAAAAGCCUAUUAAACAUCAAAUAACGUCGUGAUUUUACAAAUUAAGCACUAAAACAUGUUUUACAACAAAUCAACAGAAAAAGCAGUUCAAUACAUGAGAAUGUUAUGUAGUAAUUACUGUAUUUACGAAUUUAGCACCAAAACAUCACAAUGUACUGAAAACAUUGACUACAAAAACAUUGACUACUAAAAGGCAGAUUGUGUUGGAUAAUACAGAACGUUGGAUAAGCGAGACUCUACUGUACAUCCCAUCUCAUGCAGACCAAAAGCCAUUUUAAACACUAAAAUACACAAAUACUUUUGUAAUGCAACAUGAAUAUGAUUUACCCACAACAAUAUGUUCUGUAUAACUUCCUUUUUCAGUUCAUCAUUAAAAUCUAAGGCUUCAUGUUUGAAUAAGUAUGGUUGUCGUCCAAAUGUAGGGUCUUGGUGGUGGGUCCGUAGGUAACUAUAGAAACCUAUUCUUGAUCUGCUUGUUCUUUCACAGUGCUGAAUGAGUUUCUUAUUUGGACCUCAGAUUGUUUAUAUCAGUUAAAAAGUUUAGGUAUGCUUCUAUCAGAAGUUGAUCCUAGAUUUCCACUGGAGGGCCGACCUAGAAAUGCUAAGGAAGUGUUUUCGCUAGACAUUUUUAAGGCCCUCUGGCAUGAUUCCAUGGUAUGCAUUUCAAUAGGGUUCACUAUUAUCUAUGGUUUCACAUUUCCAUAGUCCAAGUCCAAGACUAUAUCGCCUACAGAUAUGAGGGUUAUAUUGUAAUUGUUAUUUUAAAAUUCUAUACAAAUUAUUGAAGGGAUUCUUCAUGCAAGUACCUCCAGUUAGGAAAGGCAAAACAUGAUUUCCACAUGUGUUUUCCAAGAGGGAUGAUUUUAUUAUUUAUUAAAACAUGUUUGAAUAAUA